GAGCAGGACUCUCACUGUCCUCUCUCACCUUGCAGUGACUGACCUGGACAUCAAGUUUCAGUACCGUGGGAAGGAAUAUGGGCAGACCAUGACCGUGAGCAACCCCCAGGGCUGCCGGCUCUUCUAUGGGGACCUGGGUCCCAUGCCUGACCAAGAGGAGCUCUUUGGUCCUGUCAGCCUGGAACAGGUCAAGUUCCCAGGUCCAGAGCAUAUCACCAAUGAGAAGCAGAAACUGUUCACCAGUAAGCUGCUAGACGUCAUGGACAGAGGACUGAUCCUGGAGGUCAGCGGUCAUGCCAUUUAUGCCAUCAGGCUGUGCCAAUGCAAGGUGUACUGGUCUGGGCCAUGUGCCCCAUCACUUGUUGCCCCCAACCUGAUUGAGAGACAAAAGAAGGUCAAACUGUUUUGCCUGGAAACGUUCCUUAGUGAUCUCAUUGCCCACCAGAAAGGACAGAUAGAGAAGCAGCCACCAUUUGAGAUCUACUUAUGCUUUGGGGAAGAAUGGCCAGAUGGGAAACCCCUGGAAAGAAAACUCAUCUUGGUUCAGGUCAUUCCAGUGGUAGCUCGGAUGAUCUACGAGAUGUUUUCUGGUGAUUUUACACGGUCCUUUGACAGUGGCAGUGUCCGCCUGCAGAUAUCAACUCCAGACAUCAAAGAUAACAUCGUUGCUCAACUGAAGCAGCUGUACCGCAUCCUCCAAACCCAGGAAAGCUGGCAGCCCAUGCAGCCCACCCCCAGCAUGCAACUACCCCCUGCCCUGCCAGCCCAGUAAUCAUGAAUGCCAUCUUUUUUACAAUAUUGUACAUAUCGGUAUUUUUUAUUACUCAGAUUUAACCAGCUUUUAAACUUCUUCUUUCUAACAAUGUUAGUGGCCUCCAAUUCUCCACAUAUGCCUGGCUUUUAAAGUUGAUUUAAUUUAUGGAAAAAUCACCCUUCUUAUUCCCCCUUUCUUUUUUAAACCUCGCAAUGUUAGUGUAAUGUAGUAGAGGGAGAUUUGGCCUGGGACUUUGGACAGCAGCGUUCUAGCUGCAGCUUUGCUUCAGUGGUGUGACCUUGAACCACCAAGUCAUUUAACCUCUAGGCUUCAGAUUCAUUACUGUAAAACGAAGGGGUUGGAAUAAUGCCUGAAAUAAUGCCAGUUAAAACUCUGACCUGAUGACUUCAUUCUACUUGUACAAGGCAGAACUGCCUGGAACAGAACCCUUCUGCAUUGUUCUUGCACCACAUUUUUUUCUUGCUUUCAUUAAAGUUCCCUCAAGCACUGA